UAGAAUCAGUUAUUUUUCCCGAUUGGAAAAACAGACCAGGCGACUGGUUCAAAAGAAUUUGCAUCAUCAACAGUACGAUCCCAUAGAUCUUUCAGUCACAGGCUCAAUGACAAAGAGAGAGGUCCAUGGCUAGAUCUCUCUCGCUUUCUAUUAAUACCCCCAUCGUGUUCGUGUCCUCCUCCGUUCUCUCAGAUUACUUUUUGCGUCCUAGCUAGCUGAAGCUCAGGCGCGAGCUGAACACAUACACGAGAGGAUAGAUAUGAGGUCGAUGAGCAUGGUGGAGGCGAGGCUGCCGCCGGGGUUCCGGUUCCACCCGAGGGACGACGAGCUCGUGCUGGACUACCUCUGCUGCAAGCUCUCCGGCACGGGUGGCGGCGGCGGCGGCGGUGUGGACAUGGUGGACGUCGACCUCAACAAGUGCGAGCCGUGGGAGCUGCCAGACGCGGCAUGCGUGGGGGGCAGGGAGUGGUACUUCUUCAGCCGGCACGACCGAAAGUAUGCGACGGGACAGCGCACCAACCGCGCCACGCGCUCCGGCUACUGGAAGGCCACGGGAAAGGACCGCGAGAUCAUCGCAGCCGCAGGAAACGGCGGAGAGGCGGUGAUCGUCGGGAUGCGCAAGACGCUCGUGUUCUACCGAGGGAGAGCGCCCAAGGGGAGCAAGACACAGUGGAUCAUGCACGAGUUCCGCCGGGCGGACCAGACGCCGCGCCGAGAGGCCGUCGAUGACCAUCAGCUGAUCGCCGGCCAGUACAACUUCUCGUCGACUCUCCUCGAGGAGGACUGGGUGCUAUGCAGGGUGUUCUACAAAAGCGUAGCCGGCGCUCCUCCAAGACUAUCAUCCUACAACGAAGCAGAAGAAGGUUCGCUGAACAGUGACCUCGGCCUCGGCGUGGCGCCGGCGCCGGCCAUGCUGCCAAUGUCUUCUGCCGGCGUCGCGCCCGCGCCGUUGCUGUCCGUGAGCUUCGGGGACUUGUUUAGCGACAUUGUUCAGGGCAGCAGCAGCAGUGACAACCCGAGGCCGGAGCUCGCCGAGGUCGACUGGAGCGUCGUCGACGGCGGCGGCUACACGCGGCAGAGUGGCAUGUCGCACACAUGGAACCCGUUCUGAAUCUGAACUUCUGAAGCUAGGUAGCAGUGGAUGUGUGUACUAGUUGUAGUAUGUGGUGUACGUACGUUGUGCUUAAUUAUUCAGGUAGCAAUUCUUUCGCUUUUCUUUGACGGUGCAACUUUCUGGAAUCGACUUGUUUCAGAAUUCCUGUGCCGUGGUCAGCCACUCGGUGACACGUACGAUGUGCAUUGGUGAAAUGGCUUUGUCGUAGCAGGGGGCUUACUUUUCUGAAAGCGACUGAAAAUGUU